GAAGAUGUGAAGCAAAAAGGCGCUGCAAAAAGAGGAGGCAUAUAACUUGCACACGUGAGCGGAUUUUGAAGAUGGGAGCCGCCAGCCCGACCAGCGAUGAGGAAACGCUAAGCAUUGCUUCCCUCAGCAUCGCCGAAACCAAACCAAGCGUGGAAGAAACCUUGAUUUCAGCUACAGACAUCAUUCCUGCACCAGAGAACGUCAGCAGGAUUGAGCAGCUGGAAGACGAAAUGGAGCGCGCUACAACGCUGUAUCUGGACCGCUCUAAAGCGGUGCACGCGGCCGCGGCUGCGCUGCGCGCGACCAUGGUUGAGCUUACGCGCGCGCUGGAGGAGGAAGGCACUAAGCUGGACAAGCGCAGGGCGCGCGUGCUCAGAUGCGCGGAGCUCCUUGGGGUGGAGGAGGGGUCUCAGGAUGCCCAGGGGAGUUUCAAUCGAGGUGUGGUUGAUGGUCAGGAGAAGCUUCAGAAGACUACAGGGACUGAAGAAGUGCCAGCCAUUGACAAACUGGGCCCAGAGUGGACAGAAGCUUUUGCUCAGAAGAUAGUACUGGAGCUCAAGGUCACUGUAUGA